AGGACCGCGCCAGCGUUGGAGCAAAAAAAUGACAAGGAACUGGUGAACAAUCGCAGUCAGCCCAAUUAAUUGUCAAAAGAGGACCGGUGCAAGGUGCAAGAAUCAGAGUUUAGUAGGAGGAAGGAAGAACAAACAAACACGUGUCAACCAACAUGCCAUCAUAGCAAGUCUCUUGACGAAGACAAGCUAGCUAGGUACUGUAUCGAUUUGUAAAUAAGUCUAUACAUCAUAAUUACACCAACAAGCAAAACGAAGAAGAAGUUCCUCCAGCUAUUCCGCCACUUGAAUUGGGUCUUGUUUUGAUUGAUUGAUUGAUUGAUAACAAUGCCCGCCAUUUACUUGUUUCAACGACGCACUCUGUACGGAGGAGAUGAUUUGCACGUGUUGGCACUCAUGACGGCCACGGCCCGUCUGGCCCAACUGUUGUGUUAUUCCGUCUUGGCGUAUCACGGCCAACAUCACGUGUCGUCGUUUGCGCAAGGAGGUCGUGGCUUGCAGGGUGGUACGAUGCAGUUGGGCAUUUCCACGUUGGAAUUUGGAUGGAUGGAUGCCUGGGAACAACGGCAAGCAGAAGAUCGGAGUUUGCAAGACAACAACAGCAAUAAUGAUUGUGAUCACUGGUUUCCUUUCUUGUUGACGUCCUACACCAUGGCCGGCAUUGUCUUUGGCGUGGCGUCGCUGUUGCUAUUGGCGCGCAUUUACCAAGUGAGCAGUCAAGGGUGUCCUACGAUUCAUCGACAUCCACGUACCGAACGAAUGCAGCAAUUGCUGGAAUGGCUCUUUUUGCCACUCAAUAUUCUCCAUUUUUUGGUGUGGCUGGUGGGGAUGGCCGCCAUGUCGUAUGCGUAUUCCUUUGAACAACAACGAGACGAAUGUCACAGCACUACUUGUGUGUCCACCUUUUUCACCGUGCUCUGGAUUGCCAGUGGCAUUCUGUUGCUCCUCAGUCAAGCCAUUGAAAUUGUGUGGAAUGCACUUUACGUAUUUGUCUUAUACUACAAUGAUCCUCAUGCCAUGAUUUGGACACCCAACAGUAACAACAACUCCAGCAGCAGUCUACUACUCCAUUCGCAAUCCUAUCAUCAUCAGUCCUCUUCCAACACUAUUACAAAUAGCGACACGACAUUGCAACCACCCAUUCAGACGUAUUACGACAAUCAUGCCCUCGUCGAACAAAUGUGGUCCGAUCGAUGUCACAAUUGUUGUCAAUGGUUGGGAUUGGGAACGU